CAGACAUCACUCGCAUCUCACUUUUCUCUGUUUCUCUCUCUCUCCCUCACUCCACACCCACACUCUCACACGGGGCAGUGAGAAAGGACUCAGCAAGCUAAAGUCAAGCUAGCAUUCCACUUAUUCACCUGCAAAGAUGAGUUACUCUGGCGACGUCUACUCAAGCAGUUCCUAUCGGAAGAUCUUCGGAGAUGCACCCCGAAACAUCGGCCGCAUGUCCGUGGGCACCAGCCCUUCUCGUCUUUCGAGUGGAUACCGAUCCAGCGCACACCGCAGUUAUGGCUCUCCAUCCAUGCUCACAUCUUCCAGCAUCCGCAAAGUGGGUGCCGGGCGCAUCUUCCAAUCCUCCAUGCCCGACUCCAUGGACCUUACCCAGUCCACGGCAGUCACCAACGAGAUGAAGAUAAUCCGUACCAACGAGAAGGAGCAACUCCAAGGCCUCAACGAUCGCUUCGUCUCCUUCAUUGAGAAGGUCCACAACCUGGAACAACAAAACAAGGUCCUGGAAGCAGAGGUGACCAUGUUGCGCCAGCGCCACACCGAGCCUUCUCGCCUUCAUGACCUAUACGAGCAGGAGAUCCGUGAGCUUAGGGCGCGCGUCGAGGAGCUUACGCACGAGAAAAGUCAGAUGCACCUGGAUUGUGUGCAGAUGAACGAGACGCUAGAACGCGUGAAGGAAAAGCUGGACGAGGAGACUAGGCUCCGUGAAGAAGCGGAGGGCACUUUGAAGAGUUAUCGCAAGGACGUGGAUGACGCCACGCUGUCCCGACUUGAGCUGGAGAAGAAAGUCGAGUCGCUCCUGGAUGAGAUCGCCUUCCUCAGGAAAGUCCACGAGGAAGAGUUGCAGGAGCUGCAGGCUUCCCUGCAAGCCACACAGGUGUCAGUAGAGAUGGACCUGAGGGACGGUAAGCCCGACCUGGCCGUGGCCCUGAAGGACAUCCGGGCCCAGUACGAAGUGCUUUCAGCCAAGAACCAGAACCAGGCCGAGGAGUGGUACCGCUCUAAGUUUGCCAGUGUGAACGAGGCGGCUGCCCGCACCCAGGAUCAAGUGAAGCAGAGCAGGGAAGAAAUGAAUGAGUACCGCAGGCAGGUGCAGGCCCGCACCCUGGAGAUAGAAGCCCUCAGGGGCCACAACGAGGCUCUGGAGAGGCAGAUGGCUGAGAUGGAAGACCGCCACAGCAAUGAGAUUGGAGAGAUGCAGGAGACCAUCCAACAGCUUGAGUCUGCCCUGCGCAGCACCAAAGGAGAGAUGUCCCGCCAUCUCCGUGAGUACCAGGACCUGCUGAAUGUAAAGAUGGCCCUGGACAUUGAAAUUGCAGCUUACAGGAAGCUCCUGGAAGGGGAAGAGUGCCGUCUGAGCACAGUUGGAGGAAAUAUCCUGCAGUCAGGCUACUCUGGCUACUCCUACUCGUCCGGCCGCUCCUAUGCCCUGGGCUCUUCUGCCCCCUACAGGAUGAGGGUUGCCAAGCCUGAGGAGCCAGAGGCCGAAGAGGAAGAGGAGGAGAAGGAGGAGGAAGAAGAGGAAAAUGAGGAGGAGGGAGAGGAUGGAGAGGAGAAUGGGGAUGAGAAUGCAGAGGAAGAAGAUGGAGAUGAGGAGGAAGAGGAGGAUGAAGACCAGAAGACGAAAGAUGAGAAGAAUGGCAAGGAUGAAAAGGAUGAAAAGGAAGAGAAGAAGGAAGAGAAGAAGGAAGAGAAGGGAAGUGCUGCCAGCAAGACCACUAAGAGUUAAACAGCUUGUGUCAUCCAUCAUCAAUGCCUUUCACACUGAAUACAAUCCACUCAUUCACUCAAACAGAUUCCCCAUCACCUUAUCUCUGUUUCACAAAGGCACUCACACACACCUCACAUGCACGCACCUUCCACUCAGUUUCUCUGGGUAUCGACAAGUAGCUAUGGGAUGGAAAACAGAAAGACAUAGCUACACGGAGAGGGACAAGCUACUGGUGUGUUACCCUGACGGAAAGAAUCAAUUUUGCAAAAUGUCCCUGAAUCGGGGGCUCAGGAUCCUCUGUCAUGGUUUCACACCAGCACAGUGUGUGUGUGUUGUGAGCUGAUGGCUGUCCUAAUAUCAAAUCGCUACCCAACAGUACACGAUACCACAGAGAACAGAGAGGAGGUGCUCAACAUUACAGCAGUAAGCCACUCAGUCAGUAAGAGAAUGCCUUAAAGCAUGCAUGAUGUCAGACUAAGAGGUCAGGGAUGAUGUGGCCCAGCAAAGUCCGGUCUUUAUGUGCCAUUAAUGAUAUGAAACUCAUUGAAGAAUGACUGUAAUCUUGAAAGUAAUAAUAGAAUCCUGGUAGUAGCACACAAACUAUAUGCACAGUUGUCUGGAGAAUACAACUUUACCAACUUUUACCAGUCCAACUUUUAAGGUGCUAUUUGAUUUUUACCAAAAAAAAGUUGGAAAGGUCUAAAGAAUUUCUUUUGAGAAAGUUCUCUGUAAAUGUUUUCAUGAAUGUUAGCAUGUACUAUUGGGAAGACAGAAAUACAGAUCAUAGCCUUGGGUGCAAUAAUGUAUUUUGAGCUGCAUAUACAAACUGACUCAUUGAAUGCUCCUCACUCUCUCUUUCAUUCACAGGAGAAAGAUAAAGAAUGUUCUGUUCAUUGAUUUCUUUUCCAACACUUUUCAUCACCAGAAAAUCAUUUUCCCAUUAGCCACCCCCCGUCUUUGUCAAUGUGAUUGUUAUAGCACGGCAAAUUAGCAACGUGGAGUCUAGAUAGAAGCAUAUAAAAUCCUAUUUAUUUGGGAGGGUACGAUUUCAAAGGUAGUUGAUAAUUGCAUUGUGCACCAACUUUUCUGUGUUCAGAAAGAUACCUUCUCGGAAUGGAAAUCUUUAAAAUGCUGCUUAUUUAACCCAUUAUACACAUUAUAUAUUUGAUGUAAAAAGCCCCCCUCUUGAUUGAUUCAUUUUUCAGUUAAUGGACAUCCCCUGCCUUGCCCUUCCUGUCAACAGCCUGCUAACUCACUCCAAACCAGGGGAAUUGAAUUCCUGGUCCCCUCCUUUUCCGCAGAGCGUUCCAGGCCCUGUUUGUGUUCCUCAGCGGUGUUGUAGUGGUCUGUAUCCAUUCACCCUGAGGCCGGUGCUCCUUCAUGCAUAGUGCGCUACACAGGGCGUUGGUGCACUAUAAAAGGAAUAGGGCGCCAUUUGACAAGCAGCCUGUCAGUCCUGCUGGCAGUACGCUUCGUUCCAGACAGUUAAAGGUGCCUGUUGCUGCUCUACUCGGGCAGCCAGGGACGGCAGCAGAGUGAUGGACGGCCAUCCUCUCUGACUACAGGACCACGUGGCAGCUGGUGCAGAUGCCACUGAGGUCAUGCUUGGUCACAAGUUGCAUUAACACCAGUAAGGGCUAACAUCGCGAUAUACACACCCAUGGUGUUACAGGAAGUGUUUUUAGGGAAAUAGAUCAUGCGUGGAAAAUGAGCAGAGAGUACAGGACAUUUUUCCCUGAGCAUUUGGCCAAUGUUCUCUAGGGUCAGUAGUAAAAUGACCUGUCCUCCUGUGGGCAUUUGUAUAGUUUGACAGAAUAUGUAAUGUUCAUUUUUGAGACUGGCAUGCACUAUGGAAGGCCUAACACUUUUUCACUCCUGUUUCCUUUUCAUGAGAAAUGAAUCAAUCAACUUACAUUGACUGCAUGGCCUGAUUAUUGGAGCUUGAAAACAGGGAAUGGGAUAGAUUUAGCUUGUUGAGUGUAAAAAAUGCCUUAACCAUGAUCCAAACAAUAAAUAAAGUUUUCACUUGCAUUUCCCACGUUUCCAAGGUGGUUCAGGAGCGAUGACACUUUACAGACUGUAUGUUCUGCUACUCUACUGUGACUGUACGUGCUGCUGCCUCAUGCAGUCAUAUUCCUCCCCAAGCAAAAUAAAGCCAUUUAUUAACCAAC